GAACAGAAAAAAAAGAUGGAGGCUGACAGCCAAGGAUUGUAGGCAGCUAACAUUAUCAGUUUCUCAAGAGCGGUAACUACAGUCCCAGCUCGUUGUUUUUAGAUACAACCACCAAACACACAUCGUAUCACACGUGCUCCUGCCAACACAACGUCCAGGUAUAUUAUCGUAUUGUGACCGAAACAGACAGACAACAGUCCAGAAGCAUUACAGAUGAGCGUCUAAGUUGAAGAACCUUCACUUUCUCAGUACUGUCUUCACAUGCAGAUCAAAAUACAACAGUACCAGGGUCUUUCUGGAGCUGUUUCGUGACUUCCUAAUGUAAGAAAAGAAAGGCUUUGACCUCCUUAAUAUCACACUGGGAAGCUUCCUAAAAAGGACGGUGGAUCUUUUCAGUCACCAUCCGAAGCUUUACACCCCUUGAGGUCUGAAGAUGGAGGAGGACCAUGUCCACUGUAUGUCCUGUGUUAAUCAGAGAUGCAUGGUCAGACCUCAACCAGGCAUUUCGUGUGAUCUUAUCGCCUGUCCUCUGGUGUGUGGGGCUGUAUUUCACUCCUGCAAAGUUGAUGAGCACCACCUUGUGUGUGCACUGGUGAGGGUACCCUGCCUAAACAGUGGCUAUGGCUGCCCUGUCGCCCUGGUUCGCAACCAAAUGUAUGCACACCUUGAAGUGUGUCCAGCUGGAGUGGUGUGCUGCACUAUGGAGUGGAACAGAUGGCCCGUUAGCUGCCUGGACUACACUUCUUAUGAGAGCCUGAGCCGUGGGGUGGAGGAGGUGGAGCAGCUGGAUAUGGCACUUGCUCUUCAGGACCAGCGUACACUACUCGAGUCCCUCAAGGUAAUUGCCAUGGCUCCUACUGCAGAAGGAGAGCCACUUGUCCCGGCUAGUAAGGAGAACAGGGCAACAGACUCCUCUUUGCUUACAUCUGCCCCUGAGGCCUCCAUCAUUACUGAGUCACCUUCACAGGCAUCAUCCUCACAUCAGCCACAACCUCCCCCACAAGGCUCGGCAAAGGAGAGAAUUGUCAGUGGAAUAAAUGGCUUGAACGAGGAGCACUUCAGUAAACUCUACGAGGCCACCGUGGAGACUGCAAGAAGCUUAUCUGCUGCUUUGGACUUUGUGAGCAGUGCAAACCCUAUUGACGGUAGCAAGAAGUGUAUCAAGAAUAGAUUGAGCAACGACGGAGACCUUCAGAAUGGACCUGACGGAAAAACACCUGAAGCUGCUGAUGGUUUGAAUAAAGAAGAGACGGAGGAGCAAAGUGUUUGUUCUAGCUGUUUGAGAGGAAAUGGGGCUGUGACAGGAACAGAUCUAAAGAUUUUAAAGACAACAAAUGGACCACUGUCAGGAGGAAUGGAGGCCUGUCUUGAGACGGCCUGUCCGGUUGAAGUGAAAGAUGACAUGAAUGCUGGGGUUUCUCAGGAGCCGGCCCUCCCCCAAAUGACAUCUCCAGUGCAUGUCAGCCAGGGUGUGGCACAGAGGGCUGCUCAUGUGGUCCUGGAAGAUAGGGGGCUAGUUCUUUUAGGAAACCAUGGGCCUGAGCGAAAGUUCCACAACUACAAUUUAUUUAGGGGCCAGGGCCAAUGUUCAUUACCUAAUGGACGGAUAGGUUAUAUCCAAGACAGGUCUGUGUUUAGAUUGCGACCCAAAAUGGAGGACAAGGCAGUAGAUACCUCGGAUCUGGAACAGGUGGACGACCCCAUGGGUCUAGGAGAAAUUGAUCUAAUCACAGCAGCGCUGCUCUUCUGUUUGGAGGAGUCCAGAGAGUGUAGAAGGAUCUCGGACACAGUCUAUGUUGAUGGCCACCGUGUUGACUUUGGCACACAGACUUUCACUUUCCCUGCAGCAAUCUUGUUAACCAACACCAGAGUGGGUGAGAUUGCCUCUGCAUCUGCCUGCGACCAUGCUGCCCCACAGCUCUCCUAUCCGAGCCCUUUUCGCACUCUCCGCCUUGGGCUUGUCCUGGAAGCUCUGAAGGUCGAGGCAGUCGCGCAAAACCGCUACCUCCCACCUAACCCCCGCUACCAGCACAUGUUCCCCUUUGUCUGUGGUCAGUCAUUGCGUCGGGACCAGUUUUCUUCCCAUUUCACAAAUGUCCAUGGUGACAUUCACGCUGGUCUCAAUGGUUGGAUGGAGCACCGCUGCCCCCUGGCAUAUUAUGGUUGCACAUUUUCUCAGCGGAGGUUUUACCCAUCUACCGAGGGGGCCAAAGUGGUUCAUGACAGGCACCUCAGGUCCUUCGGGGUGCAGCCUUGCCCAAGGGCAAAAUUUCCAAGUGACUUCCAGUCUGACCAAAUUAGUGGGCUUCCGAUUGAGAUAUUGUGGCACAUAGCUGGAUUCCUGGACAGUUUCAGCCUCUGCCAGCUGUCACUGGUGUCACGGACAAUGAGGGAGGUGUGUGCCAGUCUCCUCCAGACCAGGGGCAUAGUGGAGCUGCAGUGGGAGCGGAGACGACGGCCUGGUACCCCUGGCCACGUGUCAUGGCAGAUCAAAAACAGAGUGUGGAGAUUCAGCACUGCUUUCAGCCCAGUGUUGUCUUGGGGUUUCACCGAUCUCCCCAGCAUGUCGGACCAUCUUAAGAAGUGCCACUUCAACAAUGUGGAGCACAAGACGGAGCCUGUACCCCUUCCUGCCAUGUGUACUGCACGAGAUGGACACUCGCUGCGUCGCGUCCUCCGUCACAUUAACACCUGAUUAAACAAAGCUGACCUCUAGUAGCUGCACAAGAGUCACUGUGGUAUUACGUGGAUGUUGCAAUUACAUAUUUUAUGUCUUGAAAACAUAACUCUUCCUGUUUUACACUACAUUAUUAAGAAGCCUUAAUGAAAUAACACCCUAACUGCCACAAUCAAGGUCUGUUGUUGUGGGUGUAUACCAAUGUGGAUUGCAUGGAUUCUUUGCUGAAAUGUGUCCUUAUUCUGGUAAGAUAAAAUAUAUUUUCCUGAAGACAAAUAUGCAUAAUAGAUUUAUAUUAUUCUAUAUGAUAUACUGUAUACAUGUUUUCACUAUCUUGCCUUUCAGUAGUAGCCAUUGGGGAAAAAGCAGAUUGUUGGUUAUAUUGCAUUAUUUCUGUGAUGGAAGUUAUGCCGGCACUUUACACAAUAUUUGCUUCACCCUCCUAUGUUGGUAUGUGACCCUAAAUGAUCUUGUCUUUCUGAUUCCUAUAGCAGGUGUCAACCUAUUGUCUGUUUUCUGGAUUUGUAGGACAUCGAGUCAAAAAGGAUGGCAAUUAAAUGAGGAAAGCCUGAUAAUGCAUGUGAUUUGCUACCGUUUAAUAAAGUCUUUACAGCCUU